AUGGCAAUGAUAACGCGCAACACCGCCACGCGCCUCCCUCUCCUCCUCCAAGCUCAACGCGCCGUCGCGGUCUCUCACCUACACACAUCUCUUCCCGCUCUCUCGGCCUCGACAUCGCCGGCUUCCUACACCAGACCGGGUCCUCCUUCGACCUCCGCUCCACCGCCAGGUCUCUCCAAGGCGGCGGAGUUUGUGAUCUCCAAGGUCGAUGAUCUCAUGAACUGGGCUCGUAGGGGAUCGAUCUGGCCUAUGACCUUCGGACUCGCCUGCUGCGCCGUGGAGAUGAUGCAUACCGGUGCUGCUCGUUACGAUCUCGACCGAUUCGGUAUCAUUUUCAGGCCUAGUCCUCGUCAGUCCGAUUGUAUGAUUGUUGCCGGGACGCUUACCAACAAGAUGGCUCCGGCUCUUCGCAAGGUUUAUGAUCAAAUGCCAGAACCAAGGUGGGUGAUUUCAAUGGGAAGCUGUGCCAAUGGAGGUGGAUACUAUCACUACUCCUACUCGGUGGUUCGAGGCUGUGACAGAAUUGUGCCAGUCGACAUUUACGUCCCUGGGUGUCCUCCAACCGCUGAGGCUCUGCUCUAUGGACUCCUCCAGCUUCAGAAGAAAAUCAACAGGCGCAAGGAUUUCUUGCAUUGGUGGAACAAGUGA